AAUGUCCGCUCCUGUAUAUUCGUUUAUCCCUCUAAACAACACCGACGAGGCCAGCGAUACAAGCGGAGGCACCAAGUCGCCCUUCAGAACCUAAACUCAAGCAUUUUGAUCAUCAUUUUAAUCCUCUCCGUAACUCUGUUAGUCUCUGUUUCUCUUUGUUUCCUCCGCCGUAUCUUAAGCCGCCGUUCCGUCCGCCACCGGUCUCCCUCUAUAACCACCGCCACAGCUACCACAAUAACAACCUCAUCCUCUAACCGCCUCUCCAGUAGCAACAACCAUCGUGUUUCACCGGAAGACUUAGAGUCUUCCGUUUCUGACUCACUCCCUCUCUUCUCUUUCUCCUCCAUCAAACACAGACCAUCCUCUUCCCCUGAAAUCUCCAGCGGCGAUUGCGCGGUUUGUUUGUCGACGUUCGAACCAGAGGAUAUCCUGCGAUUGCUUCCGCUCUGCUGCCAUGCCUUCCAUGCACAUUGCAUUGAAACAUGGCUCAAUUCUAACCAAUCGUGUCCUCUUUGCCGGUCUCGUAUUCAUUUCUCGGAAUCAGAGCUCGCCAAAGCUCUCCUUGAAGGUGACGCUCGUGGUGGUGAUAGCUUCCGCCUUGAGAUUGGCUCUAUUAGCCGUCGAGAACAUACUGCUCCUAACCCCGCGUCCUCUCUCACUCCAGCCACAGCCUCUGCCGCUGCAGACGAGGAUAGGAGCUCGUACCCAGUUGGUUCGUUUGAUUAUGUCGUGGAGGAGGAAUCAGAGGUUACUAUCAGUCAAUCGCACAGAAGGAGUAUGUCGAAGGAGAGUGGUCGCGGGGGUGGUCUGACAUUGUCCGAGGAGCCGAUUCUGGCAGCGGAAGUGGCUUCGGCGAGAGGAAGUUUGUUAAGAGAAUAUGUUGAUAGGCUGUCCGCCUCUCUCUCUUCACGUACGACAUCUUCUAGAGGUUCUGGAAGGUUAUUUACCUGUAGCAGUGGCCGGAGCGAGAUUGCCGGUGGCGGAGAUUAUGGUUUGGGGGCGAGUCGUGUUGGAGAAGAAAUUAGUGAGCUGUUUCGUUGGCUUUCAGGGGUAUGAUUCGUGAAUAGAUGAGCUGUUCAUGGGCAGUGAUGGAAUUCAAAAUUUUCCUGGCCCCGUCCCAUUGAUUUGCUAUGUUCACACUUCACACUAUAAGGUGCAAAAUGACAGGAAGGGCUGAGAAAUGGAUAAAGAAAAAAAGAGUGGAAACUGUAGAACCAACGGUACCUUCCUUGGCUUGUCUUCAAACUUGUCCUUGCAGAUAUAGACUAAAGUAUUAAGAAAAUGACAGCCUUGGAGGCAUUAAUUUUGAUGGAUGAUGAUUCAUGGAUGGCCC